AUGGGAUAUUCCAAAAUGAAUAGUGACCCCCAAUUCAAACCUGUUCAGGGGAUUUACGAGGGCAGGCUCAGACAAUUUAUCGACAAUGGAGGUGACUACCAUGACUUGAAUUUGCCUCGUUUCUACGACAAGAACAGGAUAUCUCUUGACGAAAAAGCCGUAAAAGUUGAAUGGUACCAGAUUCCUUUUGAAAAAGAUUCGUCGCCAGUGUCGCCCGACAAGAGACCUCCCUGGAAGGAAGUUGUGGGGAAAGACCGAGCUGGGGAGAUUAAAUUCAAAAAAGCCGCUAAAAACCAACCCUUUGGCCCCAGUUGGUCGACAACAUGGUUUAAAGUAGAGCUUGAAGUUCCAGACGAAUGGCUUGAGUCUAAGGAGCGUCUAGUUUUCGAAUGGGAUUGUAAUAACGAAGGUAUCGUAAUCGACCCCGAGACACUGAUUCCAAAAACGGCGUUUUCUGGUGGCGGUGAAAGAACAGAGUACAUCCUUCCUACUGGUCAGAAGCACCAUGCUUUCUACAUUGAGUGUGGCAACAACGGGAUGUUUGGCUGCGGGGCUGGGUCCUCUAUCAAUCCCCCAGAUAAUAACCGGUUCUUUCACUUGAAGAAAGCUGACCUUGUGUGGCCCAAUUGGGAGGCCAGGGCACUUUACAUCGACUUUUGGAUGUUGAGCGACGCUGCAAGAGAAUUACCAGCGGAUUCUUGGCAAAAGCACAGGGCAAGACAAGUUGGGAAUAUGAUCAUGGAUGAGUUCGAUCCCGAUGACGUUGAAAGUGUUCAUCGAUGCCGCGAAAUUGCUCGUCAUGAGUACUUCGAUAAAUUUACCAAUGAUGCGAAGGUUUAUCAAGGAGGAGAUCCUAAUCUUUUACCAAACGUGUAUGGAGUGGGUAACUGCCAUAUUGACACUGCAUGGUUGUGGCCAUUUGCUGAGACUAAAAGAAAAGUUGUACGCUCUUGGUCUUCUCAAUGUACGAUUAUGGAUGAGUACCCGGAAUAUCAAUUUGUCGCGUCACAAGCACAACAAUUCAAAUGGCUUCUCGAAGAGCACCCCAAGUUUUUCAAGGAUGUACUUGUUCCGAAAGUUCAACAGUCUCAGUUUUUUCCCAUCGGAGGGUCUUGGGUUGAAAACGACACUAAUAUUCCCUCGGGGGAAUCACUUUGCAGACAGUUCUUCUUAGGCCAGCGUUUCUUCGAAAAGCACUUUGGUAAGAAGACGGAAAUUUUCUGGCUACCUGACACAUUUGGUUAUUCUUCCCAAAUUCCCCAAAUUGCGAAAACUUCUGGAAUUGACAAAUUUUUGACUCAAAAAUUAUCUUGGAACAACAUCAACAGUUUCCCUCAUACUACUUUCAAUUGGUGCGGUAUUGAUGGUUCGCAACUUCUCACGCAUAUGCCUCCUGGUAAUACUUAUACUGCAAGCUCUCAUUUUGGGGAUGUUUUGCGUAGUGCAAAACAAAACAAGGAUUCAGAAUUCUAUCCUUCUGGUCUCAUGUUGUAUGGAAAAGGUGACGGUGGUGGUGGUCCCACGACGGAAAUGCUAGAAAAAAUGAGGCGCAUUCGUUCUAUGAGUAAUCGGAAUGGAAAUAUCAUACCCAAACUAGAGGUUGGUACUACUGUUGAGGACUUUUAUGAAGACGUCUUGAAGAGAACUAACGACGGUCACAAUCUGCCAACUUGGUGCGGUGAGUUAUACUUUGAGUUUCACAGGGGUACUUACACGACGCAAGCUCAAGUUAAAAGGUUGAUGAGACUGUCUGAAAUCAAACUUCACGAUCUGGAAUGGAUUGCUACAAAGAUUUCUAUUUUGUUCCCCAAUGACUAUAAGUAUCCAGUGAAUAAAAUUAACGAGUUGUGGGAAGAUGUCUUGUUAUGUCAAUUUCAUGAUGUCUUACCUGGUUCUUGUAUCGAAAUGGUUUACAAGUAUGAAGCACGUCCUAUGCUCAGAAAAGUUAUUGAGAAGUCCGAAAAGUUGAUUAAAGACGCACUAAGUGUGGCAAUUGCUUCUUCUGAAGAAUCUGCUAAAGUUAGUUUCGGUACAUUGCAGUCAUUCGAAAUCGAAAGCGAUGAAAAAGCUGGAAAAGAUUCGAGUGAUGUCACAGUUGAAGAAAAAGAACAAGAAAUCAGACUAGCAAAUAAGAAACUUGAAGUUAUCGUUGACAAAUCGAAGGGUGUUAUAACAAGUAUCGUCGAUGUGGUUGAAGGUUUCGAGUAUCUUGAUCUGAAGAAUGGACGUAACAAAAUCGGUGCUAAUCAAUUUGUUUUGUUUGAUGACAAACCAUUGGGCUGGCAGGCUUGGGAUACCGAGCUUUACUCAGUUAACCAGUACAAUUAUAUCACGAAAAUAGAAAGUGUCAAGGUAUCAAAGAAUUCCUCGGAAGAAUGCUCUGUUGAAGUAAAAUUUAACAUUUCUGAUCAAUGUAGCAUUGUUACGGAAAUUUCUUUGACUUCCAAGUCCUUGGGUUCCGAACAAGACGGAUUCAUUGGAAUCAAAACUGUUGUUAAUAAUUGGAAUCUCAGAAAUAAAUUUUUGAAAGUGGAGUUCCCUGUUAAUGUUCGAAACGAUUUUGCUUCUUAUGAGACGCAAUAUGGUAUCACAAAAAGACCAACACAUUACAACACGUCUUGGGACGUCGCAAAAUUUGAAGUUUGCCAUCACAAGUUUGCUGAUUAUUCUGAGUUUAGUAAGGGUGUGUCAAUUAUCAAUAAUUGCAAAUAUGGUUUUGCUACACACGGCAACUUGAUGCGGCUUUCGCUGUUACGUUCUCCUAAAGCACCAGAUGCACAUGCUGAUAUGGGUGAUCAUGAGAUCAAGUACGCAAUUUAUCCUCACAAAGGAGCUUUGUCUGCAAAAACGGUCCAACUGGCCCUGGAAUUUAACUUCGGGUACCGCUAUGACAUUCCCGCUGCACUUUCUGAGCAUUUUGAGGAUAUCAUCAAGUGUGAAGGCGAUGCUAACGUUAUCUUAGCCAACAUGAAGAGAGGUGAGGAUGAUAGUGAGCUCGCUUCAUUGUACUCCAUGAAGGUCAAAGAUGAGAAAAGUAUUGUUUUGAGAGUAUAUGAAGCAUUGGGUGGCGAGGCUCGUGCAAAGCUCAUUACAUCAUUACCCAUCAAAAGAGCUCUAAAAAUGAAUGGUUUGGAGCUUGAUACGAUUGAGAAGCUUGAGAUCAAAUCGGAAAUUUUGACAAAAGAUUCCAAGAAAACAUCAGAGAUUCCAAUAAAUCUAAAACCUUUUGAGAUAGCGACGUACAAAUUGAUCUAUUAA